GAUGGCCCCCCCAGGGCAGGCCCUGCGGACACCCCUCCCUCCGGCUGGCGGAUGCAGUGCCUAGCGGCCGCUCUUAAGGACGAAACCAACAUGAGUGGGGGAGGGGAGCAGGCCGACAUACUGCCGGCCAACUACGUGGUCAAGGAUCGCUGGAAGGUGCUGAAAAAGAUCGGGGGCGGGGGCUUUGGUGAGAUCUACGAGGCCAUGGACCUGCUGACCAGGGAGAAUGUGGCCCUCAAGGUGGAGUCAGCCCAGCAGCCCAAGCAGGUCCUCAAGAUGGAGGUGGCUGUGCUCAAAAAGCUGCAAGGGAAAAGCCACGUGUGCAGGUUCAUUGGCUGUGGCCGGAAUGAGAAAUUUAAUUAUGUGGUGAUGCAGCUCCAGGGCCGGAAUCUGGCCGACCUGCGCCGCAGCCAGCCGCGAGGCACCUUCACGCUGAGCACCACGCUGCGGCUGGGCAAGCAGAUCCUGGAGUCCAUUGAGGCCAUCCACUCGGUGGGCUUCCUGCACCGUGACAUCAAGCCGUCAAACUUUGCCAUGGGCAGGCUGCCCUCCACCUACAGAAAGUGCUACAUGUUGGACUUCGGGCUGGCCCGGCAGUACACCAACACCACGGGGGAUGUUCGGCCCCCUCGGAAUGUGGCCGGGUUUCGAGGGACUGUUCGUUAUGCCUCAGUCAAUGCCCACAAGAACCGGGAGAUGGGCCGCCACGAUGACCUGUGGUCCCUUUUCUACAUGCUGGUAGAGUUUGCAGUGGGGCAGCUGCCCUGGAGAAAGAUCAAGGACAAGGAGCAGGUAGGGAUGAUCAAGGAGAAGUAUGAGCACCGGAUGCUGCUGAAGCACAUGCCCUCCGAGUUCCACCUCUUUCUGGACCACAUUGCCAGCCUCGACUACUUCACCAAGCCUGAUUACCAGUUGAUCAUGUCGGUGUUUGAGAACAGCAUGAAGGAACGGGGCAUCGCUGAGAAUGAGGCCUUUGACUGGGAGAAGGCGGGCACCGAUGCCCUCCUGUCCACAAGCACCUCCACUCCACCCCAGCAGAACACGCGGCAGACGGCAGCCAUGUUCGGGGUGGUCAACGUGACGCCAGUGCCCGGGGACCUGCUCCGGGAGAACACCGAGGACGUGCUGCAGGGCGAGCACCUGAGUGACCAGGAGAACGCACCCCCAAUCUUGCCUGGGCGGCCCCCUGAGGGGCUGGGUCCCAGCCCCCACCUUGCCCCCCACCCCGGGGGUCCUGAGGCUGAAGUCUGGGAGGAGACGGAUGUCAACCGGAACAAACUCCGGAUCAACAUCGGCAAAACCCCUUGUGUGGUGGAAGAGGAGCAGAGCCGAGGUGUGGGGGUCCCCAGCUCCCCGGUGCGUGCCCCUCCAGACUCACCGACAACCCCAGUCCGUUCUCUUCGCUACCGGAGGGUCAACAGCCCUGAGUCUGAGAGGCUUUCCACAGCGGAUGGGCGGGUGGAACUGCAUGAGAGGAGGUCACGAAUGGAUCUGCCCGGCUCACCCUCGCGCCAAGCCUGCUCUUCGCAGCCGGCCCAGAUGCUCUCAGUGGACACAGGCCACGCCGAUCGGCAGGCCAGCGGCCGCAUGGACGUGUCAGCCUCCGUGGAGCAGGAGGCCCUUAGCAACGCCUUCCGCUCAGUGCCGCUGGCCGAGGAGGAGGACUUUGACAGCAAGGAGUGGGUCAUCAUUGACAAGGAGACAGAGCUCAAGGACUUCCCCCCGGGGGCCGAGCCCAGCACAUCGGGCACCACGGACGAGGAGCCCGAGGAGCUGCGGCCGCUGCCCGAGGAGGGCGAGGAGCGGCGGCGGCCAGGGGCAGAGCCCGCCGUCAGGCCCCGGGGACGAGGCAUGCAGACGCUGGCUGAGGAGGACCCUCGGCAGAUUCCAACCCAGCCCCUACCACCCCAGCUGAGCCAAGCUGAUGGCCGGUCAGAGACGUCGCAGCCCCCCACGCCCGGCAGCCCUUCCCACUCGCCCCUGCACUCGGGACCCCGGCCUCGACGGAGAGAGUCCGAUCCCACAGGCCCGCAGAGACAGGUGUUCUCCGUGGCAUCCCCGUUUGAGGUCAAUGGUCUCCCACGAGCUGUGCCUCUGAGCCUGCCCUACCAGGACUUCAAGAAAGACCUCUCUGAUUACCGAGAACGGGCUCGGUUGCUCAACAGGGUCCGGAGGGUGGGAUUCUCCCACAUGCUGCUCACCACCUCCCAGGUCCCACUGGCUCCUGUUCAGCCUCAAGCUAAUGGGAAGGAGGAGGAGGAGGAGGAGGAGGAGGAGGAGGAAGAGGAGGAAGAGGAGGAGGAAGAGGAGGAGGAGGAAGAAGAGGAGGAGGAGGAGGAAGAAGAGGAGGAGGAGGAGGAAGAAGAGGAGGAGGAGGAGGAGGAGGAGGAGGAAGAGGAGGAGGAGGCAGUGGCUCUAGGGGAGGUGCUGGGGCCUCGCAGUGGCUCCAGCAGUGAUGGGAGUGAGAGGAGCACUGACCGGAGCCAAGAGGGUGCCCCUUCCACGUUGCUGGCUGAUGACCAGAAGGAGUCCAGGGGCCGGGCCUCCAUGGCCGACGGGGACCUGGAGCCUGAGGAGGGCUCCAAAACGCUGGUGCUCGUCUCCCCUGGCGACAUGAAGAAGUCGCCCGUCACUGCCGACCUGGCCCCUGACCCUGACCUGGGCACUCUGGCUGCCCUCACUCCUCAGCAAGAGCGGCCCCAGCCCACCGGCAGCCAGCUGGACGUGUCUGAGCCAGGCACCCUGUCCUCUGUCCUCAAGUCUGAGCCCAAGCCCCCUGGGCCGGGAACAGGGCCAGGGGCCGGGGCAGUGACCACAGGGGCAGGAGGAGUGGCAGUCACCUCCUCACCCUUCACCAAAGUUGAGAGGACCUUUGUGCACAUUGCAGAGAAAACCCACCUCAAUGUCAUGUCUUCCGGUGGACAAGCCUCCCGGUCUGAGGAGCUGGGUGCUGGGGGUGAGCCGGGCCUGGAGGCACCCUCUGACGGGAGGGUUGUGGAGGAGGGGGCCUCCGUGCCCCUGGAGAAUGGCAUCGCCCAGUCAGGGCUGGAGAGCUGUGUUCUGUCUGGACCCCCGAUGGAUAGCCCCUUGGAGGUGGCCACAGACUCACUGCCCAAUGGCCCAGCCCUUGUUAACGGGCCAGCUCCAGCAUCCCCGCUGGAGCCAGGCCCAGAGAAACUGGCCACUGUCUCCCCCAGCCGCCAUGCCAUGCCAGGCCCUCGCCCCAGGAGCCGGAUCCCUGUCCUGCUGUCUGAGGAGGACACAGGUUCGGAGCCCUCGGGCUCACUGUCGGCCAAAGAGCGGUGGGGCAAGAGGGCCCGACCACAGCAGGACCUGGCACGGCUGGUGAUGGAGAAGAGGCAGGGCCGCCUGCUGCUGCGGCUGGCCUCUGGGGCCUCGUCCUCCUCCAGUGAGGAGCAGCGCCGUGCCUCUGAGACGCUCUCAGGCACGGGCUCAGAGGAGGACACGCCUGCCUCGGAGCCUGCUGCCCCCAGGAAGGCAGGGCGGGCAGCUACCACCCGGAGCCGGAUUCCCCGCCCCAUCAGCAUCCGCAUGCCCACGCCUGCUGCAGCCCAGCAGUCCCCUGGCAGACCCCACAGCGCUGCCCCCGCAUCUGACACAGCCAUCACCAGCAGGCUCCAGCUGCAGAAGCCCCCAGGGUCGGCCGUUGCUGCUGACCUCCGCCCCAAACAGCCCCCCGGCCGUGGCCCGGGCCCAGGGCGAGCCCCAGCCGGCACCAGGCCCCCCGCCCCGCGAAGUCCAGGCCCCUCCACCUCCGCCGCGCCACGCCAGCCCAGCGCGUCCCCCCGGAGCCAGUCCCUGUCCCGCAAAGAGAGCUCCUCUCCCUCGCACCAGGCCCGGCCCGCAGGUCCCCCGCCCCGGGGCGCCCCGCAGGCCCGGGCCCAGCCUGAUGGUACCCCCUCCCCGGGGGGCCCCAAGAAAGGACCCAGAGGGAAACUCCAGACUCAGCGCGCAGCAACCAAAGGCCGGGCGGGGGUCGCGGAGGGCCGGGCCGGGGCCAGAUAAUG